AUCUAUAGAAAAAAAAUUGUAAAAGUAAGAUUUAAUUAUUUGAAUAAAGUUGAAAUCCUUGAAUAUUUUUAAUUACUGUACUGCUGUGCUAUUAAUUAUCAAUAUAAAGGGCACGCAAAGUUUCCAAUGAACACGCAUUUAGGAAACAAAAGAGGGCGGAAGGUUUAUUUUUAGGAAACCGGAUUGAGGUUUUUUGCUUGCAGGGUCUGUAAUGCAGAACCACACGGUGCUUUCCCACGAGUGUUAGUUUGCAAACGUAAGGCAUGACGUUUAAUUUUUUAUCAACAAAUCAGUUUUUAUUUAUUAUACAUUGCUGGAUAGGAAAAGAAACGCCAUAGUUUACUACAAGCAUUAAUGCUGACAGCCCUCUUAAUCUCUACCCUAAUGUUAUACUUAACAAGCACAAAUAUAUAAUAGCUAAUUUAUUCAAAGUUUUUGGCACUUGGAUGAAAUUGAAUUUAAAAGAGUCGAAAACAACAGUCCUCAGCUCAAGUUUUAAUUUUUGUGGUGUGAUUAUGUAAUGCAGAUUUAUGAGUGCCAAAACAUUUUGAUUCCAUGCGCUUUGGAUAAACUUCCCCGACACAAGACAGAACAGAAGCAGUAUGUGUUAUUGACGUCAUGAGGUGAAAUAAUCAACUUAACAAGCUGUCCAAACUCACAAGGAAACUCUUCACUGUUAAGACGUCAAAACUGUUUUGCCCAUUUUCCCUCUUGCUGCUUUUUCCAUACAAACAGCCUGUUUUCAAAUUUUCCACAUUCGUCCCAGGCUCAGGUCUGGUUUGUGAACGUUAUCAUGGCCUCCCCACAACACCAACAACUGAUUCACAACAGUGAAGCGAGCUGCGAUUCCAGCGGAGAUGGUCCGGUGUCCGUGCGAAUCAGCAGCGCUAAAGUGCACAAACAGCAGCGUGGGAGUCUAGGUGCCAGUGCCAUGUGCAGCAUCUUAGGGGGCUCCAAACAUUGCAAGUACAGCAUCUCUUCCAGCUGUAGCUCUGGUGACUCUGGCAUCCGCAAACCUGCAUUUAAAGGUUUGCGGAGUCAGAGGAAAAUGCCACAGCUGUUUGAGAGGUCAGCUGGGCACUUUUGGAACCCCAGAUUUGACUCGAACAUCCUGGAGGUGGCCUGUCGCGAGCGCUGCUUCCCCCAGACGCAGAGGCGCUUUCGCUGUGUGCUGCUUUACCUGGCUGCGGCCAGCCUCCUCUGGGGAAUUUUUUUUAUCGCUAAUGCUGAUCGAUGUCAACAGACUGUCUUCUUGUUACCCACAGCGUUCUUCUUCCUACUCUGCUCCCUCCUGUUUGUUUUCACCUUUACCAAGUUCUACGUCCGCUGCUACAACCAGGCCACGCUUUUGCUCAUCGUGGUCACGUUUGCCCUCACGCUCACACCGCAGGUCCAAACGUCCGGCUUUGGUGAAUUUAGUGGUCUCGCUACGAAAGUUGAAGACUUCAAUGGUUCUGAGAGUGGAAAUCUCACUUUUGAUGUUUCCAGGAGUGGGGCCUCAGCGGCCCCCUGUAUGUCACCAGUAGGAACCUUCUCCCUUGGUAUGGAAGUGCUUUCAUUGCUCUACAGUUUUCUUCACGUCCGACUGUAUGCUUCCCUGCUGCUCGGUUUGCUGUACUCUGUGCUUUUCGAGAUGCUCGGCUGGAUGCACUUGUUUUGGGAGGACGGAUGGAGCGGUUCCACCGAGGAACAUUUGGACACUCUUUACUGGCUGAUUCCCGGUAGAGCCAUCUUACAUCUCUGCGCGCACAUCAUCGGCAUCCAUCUUUUCAUAAUGUGUGAAGUAAGGUCACGUUGCACCUUCCUCAAGGUUGGCCAGGCCAUCAUGCAUGGGAAAGACCUGGAGGUUGAAAAGGCCUUGAAGGAGCGGAUGAUCCAUUCGGUGAUGCCUCGACGGGUGGCGGAUGAGCUCAUGAAGCAAGGCGAUGAUGACAAUGAUAAUUCAGUUAAGCGGUACUCAACAGGAGCAGCGAUCGCCUGUGCCUCCAGCCCUAAAAGCGCCAAACGCAAGAAGACGUCAAUACCUCGUGGCCAGAUCAUUUUCAGACCCUUCAACAUGAAACGCAUGGAGCCGGUCAGCAUUCUGUUUGCAGAUAUUGUGGGCUUCACCAAAAUGAGUGCCAACAAAUCGGCACAUGCCCUGGUGGGACUCCUCAAUGACUUAUUCGGCCGCUUCGAUCGCCUCUGUGAGCUCACGUGCUGUGAGAAGAUCAGCACGCUAGGUGACUGUUACUACUGCGUGGCCGGUUGCCCUGAACCACAGGACGACCACGCCUACUGCUGCGUGGAGAUGGGCCUGGGAAUGAUUCAGGCUAUCGAGCAGUUCUGCCAGGAGAAGAAGGAGAUGGUGAACAUGCGUGUUGGGGUCCACACGGGCACAGUGCUUUGUGGGAUCCUUGGCAUGAAGCGCUUUAAGUUCGAUGUCUGGUCCAAUGAUGUCAACCUCGCCAACCUCAUGGAACAACUGGGUGUGGCUGGAAAGGUGCACCUGUCUGAGGCCACAGACAAGUUUUUGGAUGACCGGUACCUGCGUGAGGAUGGGCGGGUCACAGAACGGAUCGGACCAAGCGUGGUAGCAGAUCAGCUCAAAGGUCUUAAGACGUAUCUGAUCUCAGGUAGGAAAGUAAAACACAUCCAGUGGAGCUGCUCUCAAUCCGGCUUAGCGGGAACAGAGCUUACAAAAUCUAUAAGCAUUGCAUCCUGCGCUCACACCCCGGACCUCACGGCAUCGGCUUGUCCUCUGACACCGGACAGAGUUAAGUCCGUCUGUCCCUCCUGUAGCGGGUUGGCUUCAGAAGAUGGACUGCUUCUUAACAGCUGCACAGAUCCGGAUCACAAGUCCAUCAACAGCAAGGGGCCGUCAGGCAAAAACCCGAAAACCCUUAAUGGGCUGUUGAGUCCGCAGCCCCUGGCCCACAGUCAGACGUCACUGUGCGAGAUGCUACAAGAAAAGGAAAAGAAAUGGGGAGCCGGCAUCGGCAGCAUGGGAACGAUGGAUCAUUCCGCCCUCAUCCCGCUGCGCUCCAAAAACUUCCGUGAGAGGAGCGACGCUCACUUUGUGGAUGUGAUAAAGGAGGACAGUCUGAUGAAAGAUUACUUUUUCAAACCACCCAUCAAUAAGUUAAGCCACACUUUCAUCGAUAAGUCCCUGGAGUCGGCUUAUAGGACCAGUUACCAGGAGGAGGUAAAGACGCAGGCUCCUGUCCAGACUUUUGCCAGUCCGACAUUCAGCUCGUUUCUGGACAUGCUCCUGUGUUGUUUUGUUCUUCUGGCUCUUUCAUUGGCUUGUUUACUGCGGCCGCUGGUUACCCAUCAGCCCCUGCCCACUCCUGCGCUCAUCGUGGCAGCAGUUUCAGCUGUACUUGAAUGUCUGGCCCUGAUGUUGGCUGUCCGAAGAGCGUUUUAUCUGGAUAUGGUUCUGGACUGCACCAGAACCCUCCUGUGGGCCAUCUCUGGUUGGGUUCCUCGUCACAUGAUCGGAGCGGUCCUGGUGUCAUUACCCGCUGUGGCCGUCUUCUCUCAUAUCACCUGCAGUAUGCAUCAAUCCAUCCAGUUCACCAUGUUCACCUGCUGUGCCGUCAUAAUAGCCAUCAUCCAGUACUGUAACUUCUGUAUGCUCAGUUUCUGGAUGCGUUCAAGCCUGGCGACGCUGGCCGGACUCACGUUUCUUAGCGUGCUCUGGAGUCCUCCCUGCAGCACUUGGGAACGUCUAUUUUUUAGAUCCAGUGAAUUCAACAGCAGCGAUAAUGACACCCAGCCUUCUACGAAAGCUUCGGGACCACAGGACCUGCUUGGCCCAGAGGCUCUGGUAGCAUUUUCCCUGUUGAUUUUACUCGUUUGGUUCCUCAACCGCGAGUUCGAGGUUAGCUACCGUCUGCACUACCACGGCAACGUGGAAGCAGACCAACAUCGGAUCAAGAUCCAAAACAUGCGUGACCAGGCAGACUGGCUCCUGCGAAACAUUAUCCCCAUCCACGUGGCCGAACAGCUGAAGGUUACCCAGAGCUACUCGAAGAAUCACGACAAUGUGGCCGUCAUCUUCGCCAGCAUCGUCAACUUCAGCGAGUUUUACGAGGAGAGCUACGAGGGCGGCAAAGAGUGCUACCGUGUCCUGAACGAACUGAUCGGUGACUUCGACGAACUCCUACGCAAAUCCGACUUUUCCAACAUCGAGAAAAUCAAGACGAUCGGCGCGACCUACAUGGCGGCUUCGGGCCUUAACACGCAACAGUGCAGCGACCAGGUUCACCCGCAUGCCCACCUGCGAGCCCUGUUUGAAUUUUCUUUAGAAAUGAUGCGAGUGGUUGACGACUUCAAUAAAAACAUGCUGGGCUUCAAGUUUAAGUUGCGGAUCGGGUUCAACCACGGACCCCUCACCGCCGGAGUGAUCGGCACCACCAAGCUACUCUACGACAUUUGGGGUGACACGGUAAACAUCGCCAGCCGAAUGGACACCACCGGAGUGGACUGCCGCGUUCAGGUCAGUGAGGAGAGCCAUGUAGUGCUUAGCGGAAUGGACUAUGAGUUCGACUACCGUGGUACUGUCAACGUGAAGGGCAAAGGUCAAAUGAAGACCUAUCUGUACCCAAAGAGCCCGGACAGCGGACCUGUGCCGCAGUACCAGCUGUCGGUCUCGCCAGAAAUCCGAGCGCAGGUGGACGGAAGCAUCGGACGCUCACCCACCGACGAGAUCGCCAAUAUGGUGCCUGCCCACAACGUCAGCAGAGUAGGUGCGUCGUUCUCCGUGAGCUCAGGUCUUACAGAGCAAGGAGACGGAGGCAGAGCGGUCGUUGACAGCUGCAAUGGUACGUCCAAGACUCAGCGAUCCGCUUCUGCCCUUGGCCUAAUUUGUAGACCGGAAACCAACUUGAGUCCCGCAGCAAUUGGUAAACCACAUAACCCAACAUUGACCUCUGUCGUCCCGGGUUCCAGCCAUUCGCGAAACCUCGACUCAAAGGCCACAGCCGAGCAAAAUGUUGAAUACACUGGGGAACUGACAAAACUCUGACGCUUAUAAGCCACCAGUGUCUGUCUUAACCCUUUAAAUAUGGGCUUGCAACCCUCUCCGUUGAGUUUGUAGGGCUAGGCAUGCUUAGGAAUGUACGUACGGUAGUGUAGAUUUGCAUUGGUGUAUGUGGGGUGGAAAGUCGACUGAAUAUUAGCACACAAUCUUAAGAGUUUAUACAACGAGGCCAAAAUGGCAGCACAGAUCCACGAGGCAUUUUAUGUCUUGAUCUCUUUAGCAGGACAGUACAGGACCGUAAAAUCACAGACGACCACAUGGGAUGUGUUGGGACGGCACAGACCACAAGUCCCGACCACAGUUAUUCAUAAUCGUAAUUAAGUAUUCGUCAAAUUUUCUUUGAUAAAGUGCCUUUAGGAUAACAGUAUAUAUGAGGCAUUUUUAAAAACCUUUAAAAGCAUGUCAAUCUGAUGUUAGGAAAAUAUUUGAUAUAUUUUGGAUUAUUAUAGAUAUUUUUGAGUUAUAUUAGGUAUACAUUUAUCAGUUAUGGGGCGUACACACCAAAUGCGAAUUCAACGAUUUUCGCGAGUAGACUACAUGCAAAGUCAAAGCAAAGACGCUAAUAGACGCGAACUCACAUGGCAGGGUUUCCCGCAGAAAAUGUGUUAGUUAAGGCAGGGGGGUGUGGUAUCAAAGGGGCGGGCAUACGCGUCAUGAUGAAAAUUAAAAUAGUUUUAUUUAAAACACUCAAAUAAAACAUAAUUUUUAAGAAACUAUGACAGAAAAUUAACACAUACUAGAUUAUCAAUGAAUUAAAGGUUUUCAUCUUCUAACAGGAUUAGCUGCAUGAUGAAGUGAAACUAAAGGGUUAAUAAACACAAACUAAAGCAAAUGUUGUAGAACGUCUGGCGAACAAUGAUAGAUAGCGCAAAAAUGGUAAAAACAGAUUAUUUCCCGCUAUUAAUUACAUUUUCUUAAAGGAGUGUAACUACUGUAGCAUGUAAAUAAUGCACAUAAAUAAAGUGAGCAAGAGCGCUCAACAAUUAUAUCUAAUCAACAGGCACAUGAAACCAGGUUGCUCAAACAAUAAAAUUACCAGCUAACUUACUUUAAAUUUGCAAGAACUAUAGACUAAUAGAAUAACAGGCUUAAAUAACCCCAAAACAUAAGUCCACUUACAGUUCUCACGGACACGUGUUUUAUCAACUGGCUAUCCUCCAGACAUGACGGACCACGUCUUUAUCUCAUUUCGGCCGUGUAGCGUGUGCACGCUUGUGGUGUGAAGCGCGUCCGCUCUAUUCUCCAAGAUGCAUGUGACAGCCUUUUGUGCAGCGUUUUUUAUUUUUAUUUUUAUUGGACGACCUAGUUAAGGCGGUAGGGUUCCCAGGUUAGGCGGGCUGCCUGAACUGCAAAGUGCUGCGGGAAACCCUGCAUGGGGCGAUGCGGAUUACACAAAUUGGGGUGUGCGAUUGCCUCGAAAAAUGUGCUAUUCACCUCAAACGCGACUUUGCGCAAGUUGAAAAUAUUCAACUCAAGCAAAAAAUUUGCAUGACACGAAGUUAAAUCUAGAGGAGUAAUCUAGAGGGAGUAAAGGGCGAUUUAUACUCGUGCGUAGGUCCUACGGCGUAGCAGCGACGGCGUAGGUUCCGCGUCGGUUUUCAUUUAUACUUGUGCGUCGCCGUCCGCGUCGACGUGCAAAGACACGCGAAACCGCUGGUUGGCAGUAAUCACGCGUGUAACCACAGUAGCAGCAGAAGUCGUCACAGAAGAAGAAGCUAAGCAAGUUAACCCACAAACGAAGAAAAAAUAGCAACUUGUUGUGUAUAAUUUGAAAAGACCAGCAAUGAUGUAAGUAAAUAAACAGCGACUUAUGUUGCAGUUUUAGUUAAAUCACUCCUCGACUUGGCUCAUCUUUGUUUUCACCGUCUCAACCGGAAAUACCUAUGACGCAGUUUUUUUUACCUGACGGGAGGGGUUCUGGUGGACCAAUCACAGAGCUUGCGGUCCGCGUAGGUCCGACGCGCUGUUAGGAAUUUUGUGAGGUGCGCGUCAGGCUACGCAGAGCUACGCACAGGCUACGGAUAGCCUACGCCGUAGCUACGGCGUAGCACCUACGCACGACUAUAAAUCGCCCUUUAAGCGAUGCUUCGCAAUUGGUGUGUACCCAGCAUUAAUAUUUAAGGGUCUGUUUGGACCGAAUUAAGGGAGUAUUGCAGUUUUUAAAAAAACAUUUAUAUGACAAACAUCACAAUGUCGCACGUCAAAAAGCGUCUAUGAAUAAGUAUUAAGUAAAUAAGUUAAUAUAGAGCAAGCUAUGGGCUUCAUCCACCUACAUCAGGAAUAUUAAACAUUUCUACAGGAAAUUAUUCCUCUUAGUGCAUGUUUACCUACGGUGUUCCUGUAGUUCAAUCAGUCGAGCGUUGCAUAAGCAGUGCAAAGUAUCAUGGGUUCGAACCCAUAAGACACACAUGUAUACCAUGAAUUCAAGUCGUUUUGGAUCAAAGCAUCUGCUAGAUGCAUAAGUGUAACUGUUUUUGUAUUCAUUUUUUUUUCUGGUUGCAAUUCAUUUGAGACUUCUUGGAUGGGUGACCAUAACCCAAAAUGCAUGCCUCAUUAAGAAACAACAAUGGGGUUGGCACAUUUGCCUUAAUGUAAUGAGAUGAAAAUCUUAAAGAACUCAUUCAAAGUCUUAAAGGACAUAAAUGCAUUCAAAUUUAGAGCUGAGGAGUUGAUUUAACAAUGUUUAUAAGCAUGGCAGCAAGUUGUCAGUAAAAGUCAAUGUGAAAUGAGAAUCUGAUUUAAUUUCUUAAUGCAUGUGCCUAGUCUUAUAUUGUGCACGAUUCAUCAGUGCACGCUUUUCUAUUGUUAACCAACAGGCAGAUCGCUGUUUAAAGACCGUUUUAGGCUACUGUGAUAGGUAGUACAAACUUUUUUAAAUAGUUAAAUCUCGUAGAUAACAGUAGAUUUGAGAACAAAAUGCUCUGAAAUGUGAACGUGACUUUUAAGCGACAUGUCUGGCUUUAUUCUGGUAUUAUCACUAUCCAGUUACUUAUAUGUGGUUAAAGGUGCAGUUUGUAAAUUUUAGAAGGAACUGUUGACAGAAGUGCAAUUUAAUAUACAUUAUCAGUGGUGUAUGAAGAUCUAACAUAAUAAACUGUAUUGUUUAUAUUACCUUAGAAUGAGAUGUUUUUAUCCACAUAUAAACCUCGGGUCCCCUUACAUGGAAGUCACAACCAUGUUUCUACAAUAAUAAUACCCUAAACGGACAAACUGCUCUACAAAGCACGUUUCUUCAUUGUUGUCUCAGACGAUGACAUGUCCUGUGGAGGCUACCGUAGCUUCUCUAUGCGUUUAGAAAGGGAGGGGUUAGCCGUAGGUUGCAAUUCACAAUCUCACAGCUAGAUGCCACUAAAUUCUACACACUGCACCUUUAAGAUAAAGUCCAACUUGUUGUUUUCUCAUUAAACAUUUACUUUAAAUUAAAUAAAUUUAGGAAAGUUAAAUAUGUAUUUUUUUAUUUAGUGUUAACUUUGGUUAUCUUUGCCUUUCAUAGCUGCCAUGACAUCUUGGAAUUCAAUUCAUUAUGAUGUAAAGAAAAAGAUGUUGGGUAUUAGAAAUGAAAUUGUUUUGACAAUUAUCUGUGGGUAUGAGGGUAACAUAAAUUUACCCUAGGCAGUUAAAUGUACAGACAUAUGUGAAAUAUUAGAAUAGACCAUAGAUUUGACUCUCCUGCUUGUCUUUUGUUGUGCAAUAGUAAAGGGUGAAUUAUAUGGGAAUAGGAUAUUAGAAAAGGUCUCAUAAACGUAGAUUUUAAUAUUUUUAACUCCAUGUCGUCGCUAUGUAAGUAAAUUUGCACUGAUAUUGCAUCAAUUACUUGACUGUUUCAAUGGAAUUCGUGUUUUUUCCCUUUUGAUAGAAGCAUUAUGUAUAUUUCACUACUUAAACUUUGGCUUUAUAAUGGGCAGCCUGUCUUAAUUUAAAGGGUUGUGUGCUCAAAGUUUUCUGUUGUUAAAUUUGUCAUUUUAUAUUUAUACAUAUAUUUCAUGAUUUACACAUUAGUGAUGUUCAUGAGAUUGCGCUUUGAUUAAACACGUAUGACUUAUGAUGUGUAAUAUAUACGCAAUGCUAUGAAUUUACUAUCUGCCAUGAUGCCAUACAGCAGUGGUUCUCAAAGUGCGGGGCGCGAGAUGGUGCCCCAGUUUUAUAAAAUACAUAAUUUAUCAUAAAUUCGGUGUAAUUAAACCUCAGAAACGACACUACAUUGUAUAUUUUAUUUUUUUUUAUUCAAAUUCUAUGUUUGAGAUUGUUUAUGUCAUGAAUUUUCUUUGGGGAGCCGCAAAGGGAUGCAACCUGCACACCGAAACGUUUGAGAACCACUGCCAUACAAAACAAAAGGGAAUUGUUAUGAAAAUUUUAUUAAUUUGUCUGUUUUUGUCAUAUGUAUUAGUGCCUUUUACUUAUUUAGAAUGCAUCGAAAUGACACAGCCCUGUUCAUUUUCAGACAAAAAUACAUACUUAACGUUUGUGUGUGAUAUCUUUUAAAAUCAUUUAUCGAAAAUGAUCUUUAGCGCUGUGCCUUUUCUUAAUAAGAAUUUGUUCAACAUGUCCAUAUUCAAUUUGAAUGUGAAUGUUACAGGAGAAAUAUUGUCAUUUGAUUACAAGAUGCAAUUCUUAAAUAAUUAACUUUAAUUCUGUGCUGAUUUUAAUGUGAGACCACGUAAAGUUACCCAUUUUUUAUAUCAUAUUUUGUAGGGCACGACUUUGACAAUAAUUAAAGUGCCCUUGCUGCCUAAAGGGAAUACGAGCACACAACCCUUCUGGGCUCCUCUGUUUCAGAGAAGAAAAGCAAUAUAAAACUUGAUUAAACACUAUAAGCAUUAUACUUAACUACUGAUCCCAGCUUGCUAAAACAUUGAUGUUUUUUUGACAUUGUCAUUUGUAUGGAAAUGUACUCAAUAUGAACUUUCCAGUCUAAUAACUGCUUAUUUCAGCAAUGAGAAAGGGCUGAACUAAUGCAUGAUAACAGAAGAGCCACUUUGUGUUUGUUUGUUGUUUUUAUAAUCGGUCACUUUAGUUACUCGGCCCAAUUGAUGAUCCUAAGCAAUUUGAUUUCAGCAAUGUGUGUAUGCAAAGCUUAAUACAUCAAUAGACGAAUCACACACUGUAACUUCUUGCCAAAGAGUUUAUUUAUUCAAGAAUGUAUAAUUUUCACUUGGUUUCUUUGUAGAAACUUUAUUGAAUCAUUUAUAAACUCGUUGUCGUAUCUGUUUGUAUAAAAUUGCUUCUGUGUUUGUACAUAUGCAUUGCUUCUGUGUCAACAUAUAUUUUUUUUGUAUUGUUUAUACAUAUGCAUGUGCCAUACUGUUACAUCAAAUCCAAUGGAUGAAAAGCAAAUGCUCUUAAUACAGUGUUGAAAUAUGAGUUUUGUCUGUUGAAAUGUAUGCCUUAAAAUCUUUAAUCUAUAUUACCUUCAAAUCUAUUCGUAAAAUGAUGGGUUUGCAUGCAGUAUUCUUAUAAAGUGAA